AUGGUGCUGUGCAAACGUCGAGGAUGUGGCGUUGAUUUUGAGGCUGGUACGGCCAGUGCGGAAGCGACGUGCCGCUAUCACCCUGGUGCACCCGUCUUCCACGAAGGACUGAAGUCCUGGUCUUGUUGCAAAGAUACCAAUAAGCCUGUGAUGGAAUUCGAACAGUUUAUGCAGCUACCUGGCUGUGCUACAGCGACGUCCCACACAACGGAGACACAGCCUCUACCGGAAACGGCCAAGUCAGUCGCUACACCGGCAUCAAAUGCUGCCGACAGUAUGGCUGCAUCGCUGCAAUCGAUCAAGAUCAGCCAGCCAGCUGCCCCACCUAAGCCAACGGAGCCUGCACCGCCUGCGCCUGAGCCUCGCGAUGCCGAUACCGUGACGAGCGUCGCCGCUGGUACGACGUGCCGCCGGCCAGGAUGUGGCUUUGUUGCCGAGUCAGCAAUCACGAACCGUGACCGUGUGUCUGAGAUGUGCAAGUACCACAAAGGCACGCCUAUCUUCCAUGAAGGCUCGAAAGGCUAUUCAUGUUGCAAGCCACGUGUUCUACACUUUGACGACUUCUUGCAAAUCAAGCCAUGCACGCAGGCAGAGCAUGGCCACCUAUUCACUGCGCCGGCACCUACAGAGGGCGAUCGUGUAGAGUGUCGCAUUGACCACUAUGAAACACCAUCCGACGUGCGUGUCACCGUGUACGCCAAAGGAGUGGAUGCGGAACAGAGUGUCAUUGAGAUUCAUGAAAACGAGGUUAUCCUCUCUCUCCUGCUGGGACCAACGCCCAGUGUGCCGCAUACGCGCCGCUUUGUGCGCACGUUGCAGCCCUACGCACCGAUCAAGCCGGAUGCAUCAUCGUAUACACUCGGCAAGAUGAAGCUGGACUUGGUGCUGUCAAAGCAGGACGAAGGCCAGAGCUGGCCGACCCUGGAGCGCGGCGAACCCAUUUACGGUUAUGGCUUGACGUUUGGCCGUCGGUAA